UCACGUCACUUCCGUUUAUAGAAUUUUAGUGGAAGGAUUGUCGUUCGUUCGGUUAUCGCGAAUUAUUCCGUACUUUUUACGUUUGCAUUUCUCAUAUACAAAUAAAUUAAAUGUGAAAUGAGAAAAAAGCAAACCACUGAUUAUUAACGUACAUAUUGCUCCUCGUCGGGGACAUUGAUAUUUGAAUCACUCGUGGACAUUUCCUUGUUACAAAGUUCUGACGCAUAUGGAGUAUGGACUGGGUGUGGCAUUUCUUUGUUGAAGAUAUGCUGAAGCGUACUAAUUUUUUAUUAACUUAUGACUCUCAGUUUUAGUUUUUUAGUGAUUUAGCUAUAUUAAUAGACGGAAAAAUGCCUCGCAUAGAUCCUUUUCAACUAUUAAAGUGCCUCUCGAUACUUUUAAGUCCCGAGGGAGGUAUUUUAUCCAGAGAUGAAGUUCCACGUUUAGUAAAUUUGAUGACCAAGUUUUCGAAGAAGUUGGUAAGCAAAUGCGUGUACGUGUUAAUAUUGAAACACACGGAAACCAGCCUGGUGGAUAUGUUCAUGGCUGAGGGCGGAUGGACGUUGAUCCAAACGUGGCUUCAGGACGCCGCGCAAACUGGCAACUGGGUGCUGGUUAAGGAGAUCCUGGGUUUGCUUUUGAUCACGCCCGUCGACGUCGAGAGGCUGAAAAUGAACUAUCUCCCGAAACUGAUCAAAAAUCUUUCGCGUAGAGAGGAUCUCGACGGCGUAGCACAAUUAUCAAAUCAAAUUGUUCAAAAUUGGCUAGUGAUUGUCAAGGGCACUAGCCACACAUCAAACGUAACACAUAUUCAGGUGCACUCGGAAAUAACUCAAGCGGAACAACAAACUAACGAGUCAAAUGGCGAUAAAGCAGUAGCCGUCAAUAGUGCCUCCAUCGAAACAUACACUCACGAUAACCAAAAUAAUAUUUCCGUGGAAGAAGCAGACGAUGAUACCUGCGCGAUAAAAACGAGCACGUUUUAUAAAGUUUCGGUACGGGACGGCAAACAAGUAUUUAAGAAGUUGGAGCCUAGCUUAGAAGGCGAUGCAGCAGAAGAUCAGGUUAAACAGUCUUCUAGUGACGAGUCUGAUGGCGUAGUUCUAAAUAAACAUAUUAAAAAAGAAGCAGAAGGAAAGAUAAAAGAUAACACUGAAAAGACAGAGAUAUUGGAUGAGAAAGAGAAACAUUCUAAAACUAAAUCGAGUAGUAGUAGCAGUAGUAGUAGUAGCAGCAGCAGUAGAAAAGAUAGGAGUAAAUCCAGUCACUCCAGUAGCCCUAGUGGUAGCAAACACAAGUCAAGUAGCAGCAGCAGUCGAGAUAAAAGUAAGAGUAAAGGGGAUAAAGAUAGAAGUAGUAGUAAAAGUAGAUCUGAUAAGCACAGUGAUAGGGAUAAAGAAAAGCGUAAAUCGGGAAGCUCUCACAAAAGUAACAGCCAUUCAAAAGAUAGAAACGAUGCUAAAGAGAAAGAUGGUAGCAAAGAGAAAGUGUCGAAGGAAAAGCAAGCCGAAAAAGAUAAGGACACUUUGGCAAAACUCAAGCCUCAAACAUUGGACAAGCUCGGCCGCAUUCCAAAGAAAUCAUCUGCGGAUGAGAAACACAAGGAUGAUAAGGCUGAAAUAAAAAAGAAACCAUCCUUUUCGAUUUUGGAUAGGAAAUCCACUGGAGAGGAACGGGCAAAAACUGUGAAAGUGUACAACUCAAAGAUGCGAUCCACCGGAUUGGAGGAAGAGGCGAAGCCACCGCCUCCGAGGAACAGUAAAAAGCCGAACCCGGCCAUACAGUUGCCGACGAUACCCCAGAAGAGGCACUCGCCGCCGAGAGAAUCGAAUUCAGUUCCUCCAGAGAAGAAGAUAAAGAUCGACAAACUAGACGUUCCCGAGAGACCGGGCUCCAUCAAACUGAUUCCCCCAAAGCCAAAGCCUGCCGUAUUGCAAGAAAGCGACAUGUUUAUGGACGCUCUUGCUGCUUCAGCAACCAAAAAAGAACCUAAAAAGCGUAAACGAAGGCCUAGCGUAACGAAAGAUGUGCCAUCUUCACCGACUUUGGCAAACAACGACCAGGUGCCUACUACAACACCAUCGUCGCCGCCUCCGAACGCAUUGGGUCUUAAAAAUAUCGCGCCUAUCAACUUCUACCAAGACACGUUGUCAGAAGAAGCGGGAACAGAAGAAGACAAGGAAAAUUCAGAAACCAAUAAAGAUCCAAGCGACACGCCCGCUAGUCCCACUACUCCUACGGAUCCGGACGAUUGUGAAACCAAUCCACCGAAAGUGCCAAAAUUGCAGGACGGACUAAAGGGGGUUCUUCUCUACACUAAAAAGAAGGGUCCGAAGCGGUCGAUACAGUGGAAGACGGAAGAGCAACUGGUGGAAAUUAGAUAUUUUGAACUGGAUGAAACUGAAAGAGUGAAUGUUACCAAAACGUUUAUGGACAUGGCGAAAAUGGAAAUGACAAGCGAGAGGGAAGCGCUACAGAUGUCACGCAAGUUGAUUAACGAAGAUGUUAUGGAACCACAAACAUCGUGGAAAAUGCUCUACCUUUGCGAUCAGCCAGAGGCGCUGGCGAACCCAGGUUCAAAGAGUUUGGAAAAAGAUAUUCAGUUCGCAAGAGAAAAGAGCGUCCUUCAAGCAUUGUAUUUCGAUAAAAGACGCAUUCCUGAUAGUCCGGAAGAGCCGGUACCGGAAAAUCAUCAUAUGAGUGAUCCGAUUAUAAUACCGCUAGACGAUCCAGACAGUCAGGAAAUAGAUUUGCGAAGUACGCCUUGGCCGGAUCCCAAGGGUUCUCCCCCUAUUGUUGAAUCUCCUCAGUUACCUCCGGUGUUCCAUCAAACCGCCGUUCCGUUUAAUCCUAAUUUUAAUGGCAUCAAUAACGGCCCCCAACCCCAGUUCGUCGGAAUGCCGCCUAGAUUUGUUGCUCCGUCAGGUCCGCAUGGACCACCAGGACAGGGUAACUAUGUUCCGCCAAACAUCAUGCAUAACAACAUGAUGGGUCCACCGAAUAUUCAUCCACAAGAAGUAAUGAUGAACCCAGCGGGUAUAAAUCCGAAUGCAUUUGUCCCACAGGGGCCCAUGCCAGAUGGUUUUAUGGGUCCAGGGGGAAACGAAAAUCCAAACUUUUCAAUGCCCCAAUUUAAUGGUCCGCCAGCUCCAAAUAUGAACAUGUACGGACCAAACAAUUUUAAUUUGCGCGGUCCUCGAGGAGGAUACCGGAGAGGUGGAGGUGGUGGUUGGAUUAGGCUAUCAGGAUCUGGUCACGGUUCAGGUCAUGGGAACUGGAAGCGUGGCGGACAUAGAGGAGGAAGACUGUGUAAAAAUGUACAAAAUCAUGGUUACUGUAGGAAUCGUGAUAAUUGUCAGUUCGUUCAUCCAACGUAGUAGGUACUUUAACAGCUUGUCAACUUGUGAUAUCGUCCAGAACUUUGAUAACAAUAUUGAAAUUAUGUUUAAAAAUUUUUUAAUUUUACGUAAAUGACAUGUGAUGAUUAGUAAUAAUUAAUAUUUGCUUAAAUGAAAUGAAAUAUUUUGUAUAGACAGUUUCCACAUUUUAUAACUUAUGCGUGUAUAGUAAAACGAUGUAUAUAUACCUGGGUGAUGAGAGGAAAUUAUAUUUAAAUGCUGUGUUUGAUGCGAAAUUAUUGUGUAAAUUAUGUACAUAGUAAGCUGAACGUAUUUAUUUUUAAUUUUUUAUGAAGUUUCUGU